CCGACAUGCCUUCUGAUAAGCGAUGCGUUCCUAAAGAUUCCUCUGCAAAGUAAUUGGGUUCUAGUUUGUUUUAAAUGUAAAAUCAAAUGUGCCGCUGUCUUGCUUCGAGGUGAGAUAAGUAGUUAAACGUUAACGUCGCCUAAAUCUGUUGUUUUGUCUUCACACAGCGAAGUGACAUCAACAUGGCAGACUUUGGAGAGAUCCUCAGGAACAUCGGAGAGUUUGGCUUGUUCCAGCAGCUUACUCUGACUGCGCUCGCGUUUCCAAACUUCUGCCAGGGUUUUCUGAUGUCCGGGUUUCUUUUCAUCCAGUCCGACCCGGAGCGACACUGCAACACGGACUGGAUCCUCAGAGCUGCUAACCUGACCACAGAGGAGCAGCUGAACCUCACGGUGCCCAGGGAGGAGGAUGGGAGCUUCAGUCGGUGUCGGAUGUUCGUCCCUGUGGACUGGGACAUCCAGGAUAUCAGGGCAUAUGGACUCAAUGAGACAACAGGCUGCAGGGACGGAUGGGUUUAUGGCAGCAUGCUGUAUGAAUCCACCAUAGUUACCGAUUUUGAUCUGGUGUGUGGCCAGUCCAACAUGGUGGGAGUGAUACAAACUGUGUUUCUGGCCGGAAUCCUUCUGGGUUCUCUCAUGUUUGGACCUUUUGCUGAAUCGUUCGGUCGUAAACGAGCAACUCAAAUUCCAGCAGUAAUAUUGUUUGUGUUCACCUUGACAACAGCUCUGUGCCCCAGCAUUUACUUAUAUUUAGCGUCCAUUUUCUUCAUGGGAGUUGGAGCUGGUGGAUAUCGAGUCAACUGUAUUAUACUGUCCACCGAAUGGAUCGGGGUGUCCAAAAGGUCAUGGGGAGCAUGUGUGACGCAGCUCUUCAGCUCGGUCGGUCAGUGCGUCCUGGCUGGUACCAUCUACGGCAUCAGAAAGUGGAGAGUGGCUCAACUGAUCGGUGCAGCGCCUCUUGCAGUGGUUAUUGUCUACAUAUGGUUCAUCCCAGAGUCAGCCAGGUGGCUGUUAAACAAGGGACGGACAGAGGAGGCAAAGCAGCUCAUUGCCAACGCAGCAGCCAUUAACAAACAGCCGAUCCCUCACUCUCUGCUGGAAAAGGUUACCGUGAACACAACCCCAAACAAUGGUGGCAUGAAGAUCAUUUUCAGGUCCCCACUACUCACCAGAUAUUUCCUUACUGUUGUACUGGCUUGGUUUUCACUGAACCUUUGCAUCUACUGCCUGUACUUAGACAUGGGAAGCCUCGGCUUUAGCAUCUUUUUGACCCAGUUCCUCUUUGGUGCUUUUGAAAUACCUGCUAAUCUACUCUCCAUGUGGCUGUUGGAGAUUUUUGGGAGAAAAGCGUUAUUCAUAUUUACCCUGGCAAUAGGAGGACUUUCAUCCUUGCUCAUUGUUGCUGUCCCCCAAGAACAUGCUGUCGCUGUUACGUCUUUGGCUGUGGCCGCUCGCUUCUUCCUGGUCUGGGCUGGUUCUGUAGCAUGUGUCUACAUCCAGGAGUUGAGUCCAACAUCAGUUCGACAAACUGCCACCGCUUUGGGCUCGAUAGCAGCAAGAGCAGGAGUGUUACUGGCUCCGCUGCUGAACAUGCUGGCCGUGUACCACUGGGUCAUCCCCAUCGUCAUUUCAAGCAGCCUGACAAUCAUCGGCGGAGUCCUUGGCUUCCUGCUCCCAGAGACCAAGAAAACUGAGCUUCCUGAGACGGCUGAAGAGGCUGAGAAAAACAGAAUCACACCAUCAGAAUCCCAUUUACCUUCUGAGUCGACUAAGCUCUGAACUUUUGCCUGUCUACCUGUUUCAACAUACAUUACUGGCAACACCCAUGGCAAAUAUUUAUUCUGCAAGAACAGAGAUUUGUUCUUUUAC